AUGCAGCGCAACCCUGAGCCCAUUGCCAUCGUAGGCAGCGCAUGUCGCUUUCCUGGAUCCUCGACCUCGCCGUCGAAGCUAUGGGAACUUCUCAAGCAGCCACGAGACGUCCUGUCCAACAUUGACAGGUUCAAGGCGAAGAGCUUCUACCACCAAAACGGACACUAUCACGGAGCGAGCAACGUGCGCCAGUCGUACCUCCUGAAUGACGACCCCUGUGCGUUCGACGCACAAUUCUUCAAUAUCCAAGCGGCCGAGGCAGACUCGAUCGACCCUCAACAGCGCCUGCUGCUCGAAAGCGUGUACGAGUCGAUCGAGAGCGCUGGCCUGAAGCUUGAAGACCUUCAAGGCUCACGUACCGCCGUCUACGUCGGUGUCAUGUGCGACGACUAUGCCGAGAUCGUGUACCACGACGUCGAGUCGAUUCCAAAGUACGCCGCUACUGGCUCGGCCAGGAGUAUCAUGAGCAACCGCAUCUCAUACUUUUUCGACUGGCACGGUCCCUCGAUGACAAUCGACACAGCAUGUUCGUCCAGUUUGGUGGCAGUGCACCAGGCGGUGCAGGUGCUCCGCAGCGGCGAGUCCAACGUCGCUGUGGCAGCCGGCGCCAACCUCAUCUUCGGCCCAAAGAUGUAUAUCGCCGAGAGCAACCUUAACAUGCUGUCGCCGACGGGGCGAUCGCGCAUGUGGGAUGCGAACGCAGACGGAUACGCACGCGGUGAAGGUAUCGGAGCGGUCGUGUUGAAGACGCUGAGCGCCGCGCUCGCGGACGGUGACGACAUCGAAUGCAUCAUCCGCGAGACGGGCGUUAACCAGGACGGACGCACGCCAGGCAUCACCAUGCCUAGUGCCUCCGCCCAGGCAGAUCUCAUCGCGCAGACAUACGCCCGUGCGGGCCUGGAUCCCCGCAAGGAGACAGACAGGUGUCAGUACUUCGAGGCUCACGGCACCGGUACCAAGGCGGGCGACCCGCAGGAGGCCUCGGCCAUCUGCGAAGCCUUCUUUGGCGGGGCCGAGACGCCUGCUGGGGAGGUGCCGCUGUGGGUCGGCUCGAUCAAGACCGUCAUCGGCCACACCGAGGGCACUGCGGGCAUCGCAGGCUUGCUCAAGGCGUCGUUGGCGGUGCAAAACAAAAUGAUCCCGCCCAACAUGCACUUCAACCGCCUGAACCCAGACGUCGCUCCUUACUACUCCAACCUGCGCAUCCCGACGGAGCUGCAGACUUGGCCGGCGCUGCCGGCUGGCACUCCGCGCCGUGUCAGUGUCAACAGUUUCGGCUUCGGAGGCACCAACGCCCACGCCAUCGUCGAGAGCUACGAGAAGCCAGCGGUCACUGCGGAGCCCGCACUCCCGCUCGCAUCGUCAGGGCCGUUUGUCUUCUCGGCCAAUUCGGUGCGCUCUCUCAAGGACGUGCUGGCCGCACAUGCCGACUUCCUCCGCUCCGGUGCCGAGGUCGACCUCCGCACGCUCGCCUGGACGCUGCACCACCGCCGGUCUGCAUUCCCCGUGCGGACGUCGGUGGCGGCGCAGUCGGUCGAGGAGCUGUGUGAGCGGCUGGAUGCUCAGCGUGAGGAGGCUAGCUUCGUGCGCGCCGCCACCAAGUCGCGCCGCAUCGUCGGCAUCUUCACCGGUCAGGGCGCGCAGUGGGCCGCCAUGGGCCGUGGUCUGGUGCUGGCGUCAAAGGCAGCGUCUCAGACACUUGCUGAGCUCGAGCAGGCGCUCGCAGAGCUGCCCGAGAGCGAGAGGCCGGAGUGGUCGCUCCGCGAGCAGCUCCUCGCGCCGGCUGAGACCUCGCGCGUGCGCGAGGCGGCUUUGUCACAGCCGCUGUGCACCGCCGUCCAGGUGCUGUUGGUCGACCUUCUAUACGCAUGCGGCAUCUCCUUCGAGGCCGUUGUCGGUCACUCCAGCGGUGAGAUUGGCGCAGCCUACGCGGCAGGCUUCCUUUCCGCCCGCGACGCCAUCCGCAUCGCCUACCUGCGUGGUCUUCACGCCACGGGUGCUCGCGGCGGCGCCAUGCUCGCGGCAGGCACAUCCAUGGCCGACGCCAGCGAGCUGUGCGCUCUGCCCUUCUUCCGUGGGCGCCUCUGCGUGGCGGCCAGCAACUCGUCGGCCAGCGUCACCCUCUCCGGUGACGCCUCCGCCGUCGACCGCGCACAGCUGGUCAUGGAGGAUGAGUCAAAGUUCGCGCGCAGACUGGUCGUCGACACGGCCUACCACUCGCACCACAUGCUGCCCUGCCUGCCCGGCUACAUCGCCUCGAUGCGCCGCGCCGGCAUCCAGCUGCGCACCCCGCCGGCUAAUGCCCCUCGGUGGUUCUCCAGCGUGCUGGAUGGCCGUGAGAUGAAUGUGGCCGACGUCGACGUUGCUCAGUACUGGGCCGACAACAUGGCCCGGCCGGUGCUGUUCUCGCAGGCACUGACCGCUGCUGUUUCCGCCACGGGCGCCCCCGCCGUCGCCAUCGAGGUCGGACCGCACCCAGCACUGCGCGGCCCGGCCAGCCUCACCAUCGAGGAGAUGGUCAAGGGUGGCUGCCCGUACACCGGCACUAUCAAGCGUGGCAGCAACGAUGUCGAGGCCCUGGCCGACUGCGUGGGCUUCAUCUGGUCCCACCUGGGUUCGGCUGCUGUGGACUUGGAGCGCUUCGACGAGGCCUUCUCCGGCCCAGCCCCCCGCAUGGUACCCAAGGGCCUGCCUCAAUACCCCUGGGACCACGACAGGACUUUCUGGAGUGAGUCGCGCGAGUCCCGCAUGGUGCGUCUGCGCGACGACCCCGUCCACGCCCUCCUCGGCACCCGCUGCCCCAGUGACGCCGAGGGUCAGCACCGCUGGCGCAACUACCUGAAGCCUACGGAGCUCCCGUGGCUGCGUGGUCACCAGAUCCAGGGCCAGACGCUGUUCCCGGCUGCCGGCUUCGCGUGCAUGGCCCUUGAGGCUUGCAGGGCUCUCGCCACUCCCGAGGAGACGCGCCUGAUUGAGAUCACCGACUUCAGCAUUCACCGCGCCCUCAGCUUCUUCGACGACAGCACCGGCGUGGAGACGCUCUUCUGCCUCACCAACGUCCGCACCGAGGCGGGCCACGUCGUCGCCGAUUUCAGCUGCGAUGCCUCCCUCACCAAGGACUCGGGUUUCACCUCGGUGGCCAACGGCAAGCUGAGGGUCACCCUCGGCAGCCCUGCGCCCGACUGCCUGCCGGCAAGGCCCGCUCAGCUCGCCGACAUGGCCGGCGUCGACGUCGACACCUUCUACGCCAGCCUCCGCAACACGGGCUACAACUACUCGGGCAUGUUCCAGGCCAUCACGAGCCUGGAGCGCACGCGCGACGCCGCCCGCGGCACCAUCUUCGUUCCCCGCGAGGGCGACGAGGAGUCGACACUGGUACUCCACCCCGCUCCGCUGGACGUGGCUUUCCAAGCCAUCUUCGCGGCGCUGGCUUCCCCCGGCGAUGGCGACCUGUGGACGCUGCACAUCCCGACCCUGAUCGAGCGCAUCCGCCUCAACCCGUCGGCCUGCAUGGGCACCGGCUGCCUCGAGCUGCCGCUCGCCUUCGAGGCCGACUUGGCGCUCGCGGACGGCAUCCGCGGCGACGUCGUCGUGCGGGAUGGCAGCAGCAGUAAGAACAAUACCAUCGUCCAGAUCGAAGGCCUGCAUGUGUCGCCCCUCGCCACGCCCACGGCCAAGGACGACCGCCAGCUGGUGGCCGAGACCCUCUGGGGCCCGCUGUCGCUCGAUUUGGAGGGCAUCUACCAGCCCUGGGUGCUCACCGACGACGAGGCCGCCGCGUCGGCUCUUUGUGAGCGCACUUGUCUCUUCUACCUGCGCAGGCUCCACGAGACUAUCACGCCCGAAGAGCGCGAGCGCUGCAACUGGCACCAGGCGAGGGUGCUGGAGUGGGCUGCCCACGCCGUCGCGCUCGCCGCGGCUGGCCAGCACCCGACGUGCAAGAAGGAGUGGUUGGAUGACUCGUACGAGUUUAUCCAGGCUGAGGUGCAGAAGAUGAUGGACCGCUUCCAGGACUUCCAGAUUGUGCUGCUCGUCGGAGAGACGCUGGUGCCGUUUGUGCGCGGCGAGACGACCAUCCUCGAGCAGUUCCGUUCGAACAAUCUCCUGGACCACUUCUACAGGGAUUCCAUCGGCCUGCCCGAGUACAACACCUACCUCGGACAGGUUGCUGACCAGCUCGCGCACCGCUACCCCAGCAUGGAUUUCCUUGAAAUCGGUGCCGGCACUGGAAGUGCGGCGAACGCGAUCCUGAAGCGCAUCGGCCGCCGCUACGGCUCAUACACUUACACCGAUAUCUCGGCCGCCUUCUUCGAAGACGCCCAGCGGCUCUUCGCAGACCACAACGACCGGUUCACUUACAAGACGCUUGACGUUGAGCAGGACCCCACUGACCAGGGCUUCCCGGAGCAUGCGUACGAUGUGAUCGUGGCAUCCAACGUCCUCCACGCCACGCGUUCGCUGGAGAACACGCUCCGCAACGCUCGCCGCCUGUUGAAGCCUGGUGGCCACCUCCUGCUGCUCGAGAUCACGAACAAUAGGCCGCUGCGCAUUAGCUUCAUCUUCAGCGGACUGCCCGGCUGGUGGGUCGGUGAGGAAGAGGGACGCCGCCUCACGCCGCUGGUGACGCGCCGGGAGUGGGACGCGGUACUCCGCCGCGCCGGCUUCGCGGGCGUGGACACCACGACGCCCAGCUCCAAGAACGACCUCAUCCCCUUCUCGGUCAUGGCUGCCCAGGCUGUCGACUCGCACAUCAGCCUGCUGAGGGAGCCGCUGGCCCACCCUGCCAGCGCAAAGCCCAUCAUCGACAACCUCGUCAUCGUGGGCGGCGCCACCUUCGCCACCUCGCGCCUCGUCCAAGCCAUCGGCAACACCGUCGCGCCCUACUGCAGGAACAUCACCGCGUUCGACAGCCUCGAGGCCGUCGACUACGUCCCGCCCAAGGCCACGGUGCUGAACGUGUCGGAGCUGGAGACCGCCUUCUUCAAUCCCUUCACGGCCCGCAAGCUGGAGUCUGCCAAGUACAUUUUCGACUCGGCUCGCCUCGUGCUCUGGGUCACGCAGGGCAAUCGCGCCGACGACCCGUACGCCAACAUGAUGUACGGCGUGGCGCGCUGCCUCGCGUCGGAGAUGAAGCGCACGCUGCGCAUGCAGAUGCUCGACUUCGACACCACCGUCAAGCCCGACGCCCAGCUCAUCGCGGCGUCGCUGCUGCGCCUCCAGAUCGGCGACUCGGCCUCUCAGCGGGCCAGCUCCACGCUGUGGUCCAUCGAGCACGAGCUCUCGGUCACCAGCAGCGGCGCCAUCGAGGUUCCCCGCUACCGCCCCAGCCAGGGGCCCAACGACCGCUUCAACUCUACGCGCCGCCCCAUCACCGCCGAAGUGUCCCUGGAGGAGUCUGUCGUCGACGUCGUUCGCGCCGACGACGACACCCUCGAGCUUCGCGAGGGCCGCUUCCCCGGCGCCGAUGAGACUGCCGGUAGCAGCGAGUACGUUGACAUUCGCGUGCUCCGCUCGACCGCGUCCGCCCUGCAGAUCGGCCGCAUGGGCUUCCUGUUCCUGGUCGUGGGCGUCGACCGCGCCUCGGGCCAGACGCUGCUCGCCCUGGCCCCCAGCUGCUCGUCGGCCGUCCGCGUCCCCAAGGCCUGGACUGCGGCCUGCGACAAUGUGCCCGAAGACAAGACCAGCCAGCUACUUGUCGCGGCCGCUUCCAGCAUCACGGCCGCCGCUAUCCUCGCCGGCGUCGAGCAGGGCGGCUCCCUGCUCGUCCACCAGCCCGCCCCGCUGCUCGCGGCGCUGCUUGAGAAGCAGGCGGCUGAGAAGCAGAUCAAGCUCGCGCUGACUACUUCCAGCGACGAGAGGUACGACCUCAAUGGCCAGCAGCCCACGAUCAUCCACCCGUGGGCCCCGGAGCGUGCUGCGCGCCAGUGCGUCCCGCAGGACAUUUCUCUCCUCGUCGACUUGGCUGCGAGCGAGGACGCAGUGCACCUCGGCAAGUUCGCGCCGAGAGGAUGCACGUUGAUGGAUGCUUCGAGCCUCCUGAGCUCGCAUGCCAGCACGCGUGCCGCCUGGCCUGCUGAUGAGCUGGCGGCUUGCCUCUCGACGGCCUGCGCCCAGGCUCAGCAGCCCGAGCUGCUGUCGUCCACUGACGCUACAGAAGUCCCGGUUGGCUCUCUCGCCGGCCGUCGCGAUGCUGCCAACAACGCCACGCUCGAGGUCGUCGAUUGGACUGCCACUGCCUCGGUCACGGUCAGCGUGCGCCCGGUUGAAUCGACGGUCCGAUUCAGGUCCGACAGGACGUACUUCCUGCUCGGAAUGACGGGCGAUCUCGGCAGGUCGCUCUGCCGCUGGAUGGUGGAGAGGGGUGCCAAGCACUUUGCUCUCUGCAGCCGCAGGCCCAACGAGGAUCAGGCGUGGGUCAAGAUGAUGAGGGCUGCGGGAGUCGUUCUCAAUAUGUUUGCCGUGGACGUCACGAGUAAGGACUCGGUGCUGUCCGCGCACCGCGAAAUCUGCCGGACCAUGCCGCCGAUUGCGGGUGUGGCCAACGCUGCCAUGGUGCUGGAAGACCUGCUGUUCUCGAACAUGGACUACGAGACGAUGAACAAGGUCUUGCGGCCCAAGGUCGACGGCAGCCGGAUCCUGGACGAGCUCUUCCCGACCAACGACCUGGACUUCUUCAUCCUGUUCUCGUCGCUGGCUUCGGUCACUGGCAACUACGGACAGUCGCCGUACGCGGCGGCCAACUCGUACAUGUGCGCCCUGGCCCACGGCCGCCGCAAGAGGGGCCUCGUGGCCAGCGUCAUGAACCUGGCCGGCAUCAAGGGCCUCGGCUACAUCCACCGCACCGACGAGACGAUCCUCGACCGCCUCGACACGAUGGGCUACGCGACCGUGUCGGAGCGCGACUUCCUGACCUUCUUCGCCGAGUGCGUCGAGGCCGGCCGCCCCGAGUCGGGCCGCAACCCCGAGCUGUCGGCCGGCCUGCAGUCGUUCGACCCCACCUACGCCCACGCUCCGGCCUGGAUCGACAACCCCAAGUUCGCACACUACCGCCAGUCGCAGCGCAACAGCGCCGCCGCCGCCGUCGACGCCGCGGGCCGCCCCAAGGACCCCGUUAAGAAGCAGCUCCUCGAGGUGGAGAGCAUGGAGGAGGCCGAGCAGGUGCUGCAGGAGGCGUUCCUUGCCACCCUGCAGCAGACGCUCAAGCUGCCCAACGACGGCUCGCUGACGGCGGAUACCCCGGUCGUCUCGCUCGGCGUCGACUCGCUCGUUGCCGUCGACAUGCGCUCGUGGUUCGCCAAUGAGCUCGACCUCGAUAUGCCCGUGCUCAAGAUCCUGGGCGGCGCCACCGUCGCUGAGCUUGUUGAGGACGCUGUUGCUCGCAUGUCGCCCGAGCUGGUCCCCAAGGCCGCGCCGGCAGCGGCGGUUGAAGAGAAUGCUGGUUCUGAUUCUACCAGCGAGGAGGAAUCGGCGCCUGAAAACGCGGGCUCCGGUUCCGAGGACGUGAGCUCCGAUGACGACAAUUCGUCGGUGCUCUCGGAGGAGAUUCCCGCGCUCUCUGAGCACGAGGCCGAGGAGGAUGAGGACUGCAGCGGCGCCAAGGUGGAGGAGCUGGUGCCGCUGCCUACUUUCGAGAAGACGGUACCUAUGGCGUAUGCGUCGACACGGUUUUGGUUCCUGCAGCAGUACCUGGACGACCCGACCGCUUUCAACCUGGUCUUCCGGGCCCGCAUCACCGGCCCGCUCCGUGUGCACGAUCUGCAGCGGGCCGCUAGCGCCGUGGCCGAACGCCACGAGGCCUUCCGCACCGCCUUCUUCUCGGGCGACGACGGCGCGCCUAUGCAGGGUGUGCUGCCUUUCUCAUCGCUGCGCCUCGAAACUUCCAACAUCAUCGAUGAGCAGCAAGUCCUCGACGCGUGCCGCACCCUCUCGAGCCACCGCUACGACAUUGAGCGCGGCGAGACGGCUCGGCUGAUGCUGCUGUCGAACGGCCCGACGACGCACCACCUGCUCUUCGGCUUCCACCACAUCGCCAUCGACGGCUUCAGCUUCAACGUCUUCCUUUAUGAGCUCGACCGCGCGUACCGCCGCCAGUCUCUGCCGCCCGUCGCCGUCCAGUUCGGCGACUUCGCUACCCGCCAGAGGCGCGCCGUCGAGAGCGGCCAGCUCAAGACUCAUCUCGACUUCUGGAAGAAUGAGUACCCGGACUGCCCGCAGCCGCUGCCGCUCUUCCCCCUCGCUCAACGCCGCACCCGCCAGGCCUUGACGCGCUAUGAGUGUGCCGAGGCGACCGUUACGCUGGGAGCCGACCUGGCCAAGCGCAUCAAGGACCAGGCCCGCCGCCACCGCGCUACUUCGUUCCACUUCUUCCUCGCCGCGCUCAAGGUCCUCCUCUUCCGCUGGCUUGAGGACACGGACGACGUCAGCAUCGGCCUCGCCGACGCCAACCGCACCGAUGGCGACACCGCCGGCACCAUCGGCUUCCUGCUGAACCUGCUCCCGCUGCGCAUGCGCCGCUCAUCCAAGGACAGCUCCUUCGCUGACGUUCUGACCGAGGCGCGCACCAAGGCCUACGCCGCCCUGGCCCACUCGGCGGUGCCGUUCGACGUGCUGCUCGAGGAGCUCGCCAUCCAGCGCUCGUCGACGCACAGCCCGCUCUUCCAGGUCUUCUUCGACUACCGCCAGCUCGCCAUCCGCACCGAGAAGGCCCUGGGCGCCGAGCUCGAGGGCGACGCCACGCUGGGCAACACGGCCUACGACGUCACCCUCGACAUCACCGACUACGCCGGCGGCGAGGUCUCCGUGUCGAUGAAGACGCAGAAGUACCUCUACCCCCAGCGCGCCGCCGAGCUCCUGCUGCGCAGCUACAUCCGCAUGCUGGAGGUGUUCGCUGCUCGUCCUGACGCCCGCGAGAGCGAGCCCGCCCUGUUCGACGACGCUGCGGUGCAAGAGGCGCUCGAUGCGGGCCGUGGGCCGGCCAUGGAGUUGGCUUGGCCGGCGACCGUGUCGCAGCGCAUCGACGUGAUGGCUGCGCAGAACCCGGAGCGCACUGCCAUCCGCGACGGGCACGGCGCCAAUCUGACGUACUCGACCAUGGAUGCGCGCUGCAACGCCAUCUCUGCGGCUCUCGAGGAACACGGCGUCACUGAGGGCUCUUCCGUCGCGCUGCUCCAGGAGCCCACGGCCAAUUGGGCUUGCUCCGUGCUGGGUGUGUGGAGGGCUGGAUGCGCCUACGUGCCUCUGGAUACCCGCCACACGCCUCAGCGCAUCGCCGCCGUGCUGAGCGACUGCCGCGCCAGCGCCAUCCUUUGCGACGCUCGCACCUUCACCCGUGCCAUGACACUGUCUACACCUGACAUGGCCGUCAUCAACGUCGACAUGCUCGCCGAAGAUGCAACCCCACGUGCUAGCCGCGCCCGCCCCGAGGAGCCGGCCGCCAUUCUCUACACCAGCGGUUCCACUGGCGUGCCCAAGGGCAUCAUGCUGCGCCACAGCGGCAUCCGCAACAACAUCGAGGGCACCGACAGGCACUGGGGCGUCGGCCGUGAGACCGUCCUCCAGCAGAGCGCCUGCACCUUUGACAUGUCUCUCCGCCAGCUUCUGACCGCCCUCACGCACGGCGGCACCCUCUACGUCGCGUCCGCCGAGGCGCGCCGCGACCCGGCUCAACUGACCUCGCUGCUCGCCUCCGAGGGCAUCUCGUGGACCGUCGCCACCCCGUCCGAGUACCAGGCCUGGCUGGCCUAUGGCGCGAAGGACAUCGCCCGCGCCACCAACUGGCGCUUCGCCACUUCGGGCGGCGAGGCCUUCACGCGCGCUCUGCGCGACGACUUCGUCGCCCUCGCCAACCCGCUGCUGCGCGUCUUCAACGCCUACGGCCCCAGCGAAAUCACCUUCUCCUGCGCCGAGGCCGAGAUCCCGUCCACCCCCGACGCCGCUCGUAUUAACGACGGCGCCAUCUCCCUCGGCCGCCCGCUGCCCAACUACACCAUCCGCAUCGUCGACGAGAACCUGCGCCCGCUCCCUGCCGGCGUCGCUGGUGAAAUCGUCGUCGGCGGGCCCAGCGUCGCCGCCGGCUACGUCGACACGGCACUCAACGCGGCCAAGUUCAUCCCGGACCUGGAUAACGCGGCAGUCAAGGCCUUCCGCACCGGUGACGUCGGCCACCUCGGCCCCGACGGCACGCUCUUCUUCCACGGCCGCGUCGCCGACGACGCGCAGGUCAAGCUGCGCGGCAUCCGCAUCGAGCUCGGCGACGUCGAGAGCGCCGUCGUCAAGGCUUCUGAUGGCGCCGUCGCCGCUGCCGUCGCGUCGGUGAGAGGUAACCCGCCUUUCCUGGUCGCUCACGUUGAGUUUGCCGCCGAUGGUGGUAAAGAAGAUGAGAACAAGAACGACUUCCUAGCCGCUACCCUCAAGCCUCGUCUCGCCCAGGCCCUCCCCCAGUACAUGGUCCCGGCCACCCUCGUCCCCGUCGACCGCCUGCCCUUGACCGCACACGGCAAGCUUGAUCGUCGCGCCGCUGCCUCGCUCCCGCUUACUGCUGAGGAGGAUCAAUCGUCCGCCACUACUACCACCACGACUACGCUCACCCCCGACCAAAUCGCCCUCGAACGCCUCUGGCGCGCCGUCGUCUCGGCUGACGCCCCCCACGCCACCUCCGCCGACACCAGCUUCUUCGACGUCGGCGGCAAUUCGCUGCUGCUCGUCAAGCUCGCCCAGCUCAUCCGCGACGAGUUCGGCGCCGCGGUCCCGCUGCGCCAGCUGCUCGAGGACAACACGCUCGGCGCCAUGGCUGCGGCUGUCAAGCGUAGUGCUCCAGCGUCGGUCGAGGAGUGGGUGAGGGAGGACACGGUUGCGCCGGAGCCGCUGGACUUGGGCGGUGCUGUGAGCACUGCGGCGCCGCGGGCUAAGCCGGAGGCGCUGAGGGUGCUGUUGACGGGUGCUACCGGCUACCUCGGUCGCAGGAUCCUAAGCCAGCUCGUCGCUGACGAGCGGGUCGCCGAGGUGCACUGUCUCGCCGUCCGCCAGCCUUCCUCGCUCGUCGAGCAGCACGCCGCCAACCCCAAGGUCGUCGUCCACACCGGCGACCUCACCGCGCCCCGUCUCGGCCUGUCGGAAGCGGCUUUCGCCAACCUCGCUGCGUCGGCCGACGCCGUCGUGCACAGCGCCGCUAACCGCUCUUUCUGGGACCACUACGAGCACCUCCGCGCUACGAACGUCGCGUCGACCCGCGAACUCGUCCGCCUCGCGGCCCCGCGCGGCGUGCCGCUGCAUUUCGUGUCGAGCGCCGGCGCGGUUGCCCUGAGCUCGCCGGCGGACGCUGGUAGCGGUUACGUCUUGUCGAAGUGGGCGAGCGAGCGCCUCCUCGCUGACGCCGCGGCCCGGCUGGGCUUGCCGGUGCGCGUGCACAGGGCUAUGCCUGCCGAGGGAGAAGGAGAAGCUCCGGAGGAGCUGCUGAACGAGCUUCGUCAAGUUGCCAAGGAGCUGCGCGCGCUGCCGGAGACGUUUAAGGAGGAUGAUGAGACGGAGGCUGGUGCGUGGGCGGGUAGUUUCGACCUGGUUCGCGUUGAGGAUUUGGCACGGGAGAUUGGGCUGGCGGUUGUGGGAGAUGAUGAUGAUGAGGCGGGUGCUACGGUGGUGGAGUGUCGGUACCCGAGCACCGUGCGGUUGAGCAUGAGGGAUGUGGCGGGGCUGGUUGAGAAGGAACAAGAGGAAGGCAAGGAGGAGGAGUGGACCAGGAUGCCCCCGCAUGAGUGGGCGGGGAAGGCGAAGAAGGUGGGGUUUGGCUGGCAUUUUGCGGCGCUGGAUGCGAGUAUCGCGGCGAAUGGCGAGGGGUUGGCGAUAAGGAGGUGA